AUGUCAUCAUCAUUAACUUCAUCCACUUCCACCACAAUUUCUUCAUUGUGUCUACCACUAUCAUUAAUAAACUCAUCAUCAUCAUUAUUAUUAGGUUAUCCCAAUUCAAUUUUUUCAUUAUCAACCACAUCAGCUAUUUUAAGACAAACUUUUUCCGGAAUUGUUGGAAUUAAUAAUAAUUUAAUUAGAAUUAUUGAUGGUGAUAAUGUUGUUGUUAAUCAAGAUUCGGCCAAUGCAAUAAUUAGAUUAACUUCAUCAGGUUCAAAAUUUUAUAUUUCUUUACCAACCUUGGAACAAAAAUUAUUCACUCAAGAAUUAUCCAAAGAAUUAUCAAACAUUAUACCAUGUUCUGAUUCGAGAAUAAAAAUGAAUCGACAUUUUCAAUUUGAUAAGGAUACCGAGGAAACUCAAAUCUUGGAGAUAGAAGGUGAUGACGAUGAUAUUAUUGAUUAUAAUAAAGAUCUUGGUGGUGGAAUAAUAGGUGAAGGUGAUGUAAUUUCAACAAAUCCUCAAGCUGAUAGUAUCAUUGAAAUUGAAGAUCCUCUGAUGAGUGCCAAAGGUCAAUUUAAUAUUGAUGAUAAUGAAGAAGAAGAAAAUGAAGAAAACAAAGGGAAAUCAAAAAAGUGCACCGGAUAUAAAAUAUGUAAGAGAAGGACAAUUACCAUCACCCACAAAAUACCACCACCAAUAAUAACUUUGACGCCAAUAACAACUUCGCCUCCAGCCCAGCAACUUGACCAACUAGUAUAA